CCCAGAGGUGAUUGGUGGAAGUGCUCCGCUGUGGGCGUGGCCGUGCCGGCGGUAGGGGUAUAUAGGGGCGCUGCGGCGGCGGAGCGCGGGGUUGGCGGGUGGGUGCGUGGUGGUGGGGUUGUCGCGCUGUGCGGUUCCGCCGCGAUGCGGGAACGGAGGCCGCCGGCGGCUGCACCGGCCCGGUGCAAACUGGUGCUGGUGGGGGACGUUCAGUGCGGGAAAACGGCGAUGCUGCAAGUGCUGGCCAAGGACUGCUACCCUGAGACGUACGUGCCCACCGUGUUCGAGAAUUACACGGCGUGUCUGGUCAGCGAGGAGCAGCGCGUGGAGCUGAGCCUCUGGGACACCUCCGGAUCCCCCUAUUAUGACAACGUGCGGCCCCUCUGCUACAGCGACUCCGAUGCUGUUCUGCUCUGCUUUGACAUCAGCCGCCCUGAAACCUUGGACAGUGCUUCCAAAAAGUGGAAGACAGAAAUCCUGGAUUACUGCCCCAACACACGGGUGCUGCUCAUCGGCUGCAAGACGGACCUACGGACAGACCUGAGCACCCUGAUGGAGCUCUCCCACCAAAAGCAAGCACCCAUCUCCUAUGAGCAGGGUUGUGCAGCAGCCCGGCAGCUGGGAGCUGAGAGCUACCUGGAAUGCUCAGCCUUCACAUCAGAGAAGAGCGUGCACAGCAUCUUCCGGACCGUGUCCAGCAUCUGUCUGAGCAGAGCCCCCCCUCAGCCCCCCCAAAGUCCCCCUCGUGGUCUCUCCAAGCGCCUCCUGCAUCUGCCCACCCGCUCUGAGCUCAUCUCCUCCGCCUUCAAAAAGGAGAAGGCCAAAAGCUGCUCUGUCAUGUGAAGGGGGGAGGUGUAGGGAUGUGCCCCCCUCCCCCACACACACACCUCACUGAAACCCCCUCCCUGGUCCCCAGGAUGGGGUGAGGGCCAAACAAAGCCGUGGUGCCCACCCCAAUGAGGAUGGGGUGCCCGCUGCCCUCCCAUCACACUGCAUCCCCCAUCGGUGUGUGCUGGAGCCCAGGGCUGGGGGGCAGCCCCAUAGAGCUGUGGGGUGGGUGGGGGGCUCAGGGGACCCCAUAUGGAGGGAUCUGGCUGCUCCCCAGCCUGGAGGGACUCAUCCUUUUCUUUGAAUGCCCCAUCGGUGUCCAGCUCUGCCCCAUCCCUCAUUUUGCUGCUUAACCCCAGGGGUGG